AGCCAUGCUAAAACCAACUUUAACAUUUUACUUAACACUUCUGUACACCCUGAGCCCGGUGAGCUCUCAAAACUCCACUGAGCCGUGCGACUCGGACAAGUGUCUCCUGAUGGUCGCAGAGCUUGGGCCGAUUAUCAGCAAGCAUGAGCACGUGAAGCCCAAAGCCGAGACUCUGAAAAAGAUGAAUGAUUUGUGUACAGAUAUUAAGACGUGUUUUAAAGCAGCGACGUGUAAAAAAGGAGCCCAUACCUAUGAAAGUAUGAGGGAUGCCUGUGAUGGGCUCGAGUUGAUGACCGGAAAUGUGCAGCCUUGCAUGACAAAGUUCUAUUUAGCAGUGUAUAAUGAGAAGUACAAUUGCACAGGAGAACGGGAUUAUUUGACUGACGACCUCCCAGCUCGCCGCGUAUCCUACACAUCAGGCCGGUUCUGCUUCUUCCAGGUCAUUGGCAAGGAAUGCUCCGAGGAGACUGUAGCCAUCCUGAGCUCCAACUUCAACUAUGACAACCUGAUUAAUGUGCUCACAACUGUGCCGGGAGGCUUUCAGGACAACUGCAAUAGACUGCACCAUGCGUUCAAUAAACUUCAGUGUGAAGCUCUGGAAAGUGGUAUUGUGGCGAAGGAGCGGGAGAUCAACUGGGUAGACGUACAGUCGAAUGACACGAAUUUGGUGGAGUUUCUGCAGCUUUUUGAGGAUGCAGAGAAAUGCAUCUCAAAAUCAUGCUCCUACAACGACCUGGAACGCCUGAUCUUCCAGAGCAAAAAGGACUGGUUUGAGCUCUACAGCACCGAGUUUUUCAUCUGCAAACGGAAGAUGAUGCUCGACAAGCCGACCGCAAAAAAGUUCCCCUGCAUCGGGGACCAUAACAUUGCGGGCUCGAAAAAAGAAGAAACAUGUGAGCGGCACACAAAGCUGAAAGAAUGCACGAGGACUGUUAUGGAAGCUUCGUGUGGGAAGAAGGCUGUUGAGAAUUAUGAGAAAACCGCCGAGACAAUUAAGAAACAUUUUGGGUGUUGAUGAAUAAAAGGUUUAUAGUC